AUGGCUGACCGUAUCGGGUCCCAGUCUCAACCUGGUCCGGUAGCAACUGAGGAUGUUGAUCGGAUGCUGCAGAAGUUCCCAGACGAAGUUUUUGAAUUGAGUUCAGACGGGCAGACAUACACUGCGCCAAGGUGUCUCAUCGGUACUCCAGUACGAAAGAUCACUGAAACCGACGACUAUUGGAAGUCAGGAUGGCUCUCUCUUGAAUCGUUCUUCGCCCAGGAGGAAAACGAGAAGAAGGCCAAAGCCGAAGCAGAUGUGCGACGGCAACUCAAUCCUUCGGACAAGCACGCCGCAAAAGAGCACAAGAUCCAUUCAGACAACGUCUGCAAGCACAAGAAAAUCCGAGAGAUAUUCGGUAAGGAGACAAAUUAUCAUCCCAACCAGUUGGUUUCCAAGCACCACCUACCUGCGGACGGGCUUUGCUACAUGGACAUCAUGUACAAGCUUGCCUGUAAGGUAUCAGACCUGAAAUAUCUCCAAGAUCGAAAGGAGCUUACUAUGGAUCCAUGGGAUUUCAUCCGAUGGAGAGUCGCAUUGAAACUCCAGCCGAAACUUUUGUUUGCAGCGCAGAGUGGUCGUGAGUAUGUUCGGGCCAUCAUUUCUCAAAUCUUUGAGGGGCCUGGAACACCUUCAUCCCCUCGUCCAUAUCAUGAUCCCCUUCUUCGUGCUGCCAUUAUUCGAUCGGCUGGUUAUCAGGGCCGCCUGAACAGCUACGGCAAGCCCAGCGAUAAGCACAAGGUCGUCAAAGGACCUUCCAUGAUCACUUCUCGUGUCAGAGCAAGGCCCUCGUCACCUUUUGCACACAGGCCAGUCAAUCCUUCUCGAGUUGAGAAACGUCAAAAGAUAUCUUCUCAGCCCAGUACCUACCACGGUGUCAACGCCUUUCGAGCCCAGCAACAAACGCGUCAGGGGCCGCAAGAUAACCCCGAGCAAUGA